UAUCAGAAGUUAACUGGGACAGUGAGCGGGGAUGAACUAGAAGAUGUCAUUGUUUAGCAGCAGCGAUUUGACAUAUGGCCUUUUGCUACGACAGAUCAGGAGGGGUGACUUGUGCAGGGCAUGGGCAGCACAUUGCUCGUCCGUCUCAAGAAAACCUUCAAAAGAUCAACAGAGAGACGUAGACGUAGAGAACGUGACACAACGACGCUUUACUUCCAGAGCUAGCAAUGCAAAGCCUUCUAGCUGGAUUGAUGUGAAUCGAGAAGUGGGACAUCGGCCGGGCACUUUUCGACCUCGAAACGUUGGUUUGGACCGAUUUUUCGAUACCCAACGCCGAAAUGAGCGAUCUACAGUUCGGGAGCAGUGGAAUCGGAGGGGCGUCUUAUCUGAUCGCUUUCGAAGCUCUGGAGGAUCUUGGAACAGAGAUGUUGAAAUGCCAAAAGUCGAUUACAAACACCUUAAUUUACCACCCAUUCAGAAAAAUCUUUACAAGGAAAGUGCUUCAGUUACAAAUAGGAGUGAGAAGGAAAUAGCUGAGUGGUUUACGCAGAAUGAAGUCACCCUAAAGGGGAAGUCAUCUCCUCGCCCCAUUUUCGAAUUCACUGAGGCAGGCUUUCCUCCGGCAGUUGUAGAGAAACUGAAAAAGGCGUGCUUUCAAAAGCCAACUGUAAUACAAUCGAUAUCUUGGCCAGUUGCGUUGACAGGGCAUGAUAUGAUCUCGAUUGCUAGAACAGGCUCAGGCAAAACUUUAGCGUAUACUUUGCCAGGGAUUGUACAUAUGCAAAACCAACAACAGCUGGAAAAAGUUCGAAGUCCCGCAGUACUUAUCUUAGCACCAACAAGAGAGCUGGUGCAACAGAUAAGCUCGAUGGCAAUGAACUUUCACUCUAAAGUGGCAUGUGCUUAUGGUGGUUCUGGACGUGAGCAGCAAGCUAGAACUAUUCAUGAAGGAGUAGACAUCUUAGCAGCAGCGCCGGGUCGUCUAUUAGAUUUUUUGAUUGCGGGUGUUUUGAAUUUAAACCGGUGCACUUAUUUGGUAUUGGACGAAGCUGACCGUAUGUUAGACAUGGGUUUCGAACCGCAAAUACGCAAAAUUGUGUCUAUGAUUAGAUCUGAUCGACAAACUUUGAUGUUCUCAGCGACGUGGCCAAAGGAAGUGCGUAUUUUGGCGAAGGAUUUUCUAACCGAUCCCAUAUUUGUUAAUGUUGGAUCACUUAAACUUGCUGCAAAUAGUAACAUCAUACAACUAGUCGCAGUUGUUGAAGAAAACGAGAAAGAAGAAAAACUGCUAGAGUUUUUAGGCAGGACGUCAAGCGAGCAACAAUGCAAAACAUUGGUUUUCGUUGGUAUGAAACGUACAGCUGAUUGGUUAACACGACUGAUUCGCAAGAAGGGAUAUCCAGCUUUGAGCUUACAUGGUGAUAAAUCUCAAGCAGAACGGAAUUUUGUUAUGAACGAUUUCAAAAAUGGUGAAUGUGCGAUUCUGGUCGCAACAGAUGUUGCCGCUCGCGGUUUGGACGUAAAUGACAUCAAAUAUGUUAUCAAUUUCGACUGUCCAAAGAAUAUUGAAGAUUAUAUACACAGAAUUGGACGAACUGCUCGCCAUGACAAAACUGGCACUUCGUACACCUUGUGCACACUCAAUGAUGCACCUAUAGUUAACGAUCUUGUUGACAUUUUGAAAGAAGCCAGACAGGCAGUUCCCUCAGAUUUAUUGGAGCUUGUUAGUAGACGUCCUGCAAAAUCUUUCAGAGGAAGAUUCUAACCAGUAAUAUAUUUGACAGAAUCAACUAAGCACAACACUGCUUUCCUGGCUAACAACUGCCGACGUUCACUGGUUUUUUUUUUUUCUAUGAGAAUGUUGACUAUGUGACAGCAGUAAUAAAGAUAUUUUACCUUCC